UGCAAGCCUGCACUGUUCUGAGAGGAAGAUGACUUGAGUGACUGGCUUUUACCUCCACAACAAUGUCCAUGAACAGUUCCAAACAGCCAGCGUCUCCUGCAGCUGGGCUCCUUUCGAAUACAACUUGCCAAACUGAAAACCCGCUUUCAGUAUGUUUUUCAAUAAUCUUUAUGACAGUGGGAAUCCUAUCAAACAGCCUUGCCAUUGCUAUUCUUGUGAAGGCAUAUCAGAGAUUUAGACAGAAAUCCAAGGCAUCGUUUCUGCUUUUGGCUAGUGGCCUGGUAAUCACUGACUUCUUUGGCCAUCUCAUCAAUGGAACUAUAGCAGUAUAUGUCUAUGCUUCUGAUAAAGACUGGAUCCGUUUCGACCAAUCAAACAUCCUUUGCAGUAUUUUUGGUAUUUGCAUGGUAUUCUCUGGUCUAUGCCCACUUUUACUUGGCAGUGUAAUGGCCAUUGAGCGAUGCAUUGGAGUUACCAAACCAAUCUUUCAUUCUACAAAAAUAACGUCUAAACAUGUAAAAAUGGUGUUGAGUGGCGUGUGUUUAUUUGCUAUUUUCAUAGCUCUGCUGCCCAUCCUUGGGCAUCGAGACUAUAAAAUCCAAGAAUCGAGGACCUGGUGUUUCUACGAAACUGAGCAUAUCAAAGACUGGGAAGAUAGAUUUUAUCUUCUACUUUUUUCCUUUCUGGGGCUCUUAGCCCUUGCUGUCUCAUUUUUGUGCAAUGCUGUCACAGGAAUUACACUCUUAAGAGUUAAAUUUAAAAGUCAACAGCACAGACAAGGCAGGUCACAUCAUUUGGAAAUGGUCAUCCAGCUCCUGGCUAUAAUGUGUGUUUCCUGCAUUUGCUGGAGUCCGUUUCUGGUGACAAUGGCCAACAUUGGAAUAAAUGGAAAUCAUUCUCUGGAGACCUGUGAAACAACAAUUUUUGCUCUCCGAAUGGCCACAUGGAAUCAAAUCCUAGAUCCCUGGGUAUAUAUUCUUCUACGGAAGGCCGUCCUUAAGAAUCUCUAUAAACUUGCCAGGCGAUGCUGUGGAGUACAUGUCAUCAGCUUUCAUGCUUGGGAGCUUAGCUCCAUAAAAAAAUCCUUAAAGGUUGCCGCUAUUUCAGAGUCACCAAUUGAAGAGAAAGUAACCCAGCAGGCACCUAGUCUAAGUGGACAGUAAGUUGGCAUAAAUAUAGGUCAAAACUAAGGAAAGUUUUGCUAGGAUUUAGUUAACUGGAUGAACAUAAGCUUAACUGGAAAAUUCAGAUAUCAGCAGUCCUAUGUUGUCAAUUUCAGCUUUUAAAAUUUGUCCAGCUAACUAUCUAAUUGCAUGUGUUCAUUUGUUUUUGUCAACUGGAGAUAAAUACAAUGAAAUAAUGCCAGGGAAAUCAAACUGAAAACAAUAUUUUCACCUUAUCUGUGUUAUUCAUGCUUUUGGAAUGACUCUGUUGAAGCCUGAAGUAAUUACUUGGCAUAUUUGCCAAAGAGCAUCUAAAAACUACCAGCACAGUGAAAUGGCUAUUUUGGGGUUACUAUUCUUUAGCUUUCUCAGAGAAUAAACUUAAUAGAAAGGAGUGCCCUAAUGUUUUGAUCUGGCCUGUUUUACUCUGUGUUAUAUUGUCUUAUUCAAUAUAUGCAUGAUUAUGUUACAUAGGAUUCAUUAUGACUGAUUAUAAUGACUUUCAGACUUAGCGGUUUGACUGUCAGGUGUCAGUUCUGUUAAGCCUGUUUAGAAUGAGUCCAUCCUUGUCACAUUUGACAAAUGUGAAUGCUUGCAAUUAUUAUCAUGAAGAUCAGUUAUUGUUUGAAGAGGAGAUUUGGGUGGAUUAAGCCAUAGAUUUGCACAGUUUCAAUAAUUGAUUUUUUUCUGAAAAUUCUAGUACACUGAGGCACAGUAAAUAAUUUCUUAGAGAAACAGAUUCUCUGUAGCACUUGUAUAAUAAGCAAGGUGCAUUAUACUACAAACAGGAACAUAAACCAUAGACAUAGGUGCAAAGAAAAUGGAAAAUUAUGCUUUAUCUUGAGUCCACCAUUCCAAUGUCAAGAACAAAAAAAAUUAUAUAUAUGUUUAGGCAUGUAUAAAACUAUUUAUAUAUAUACAUACAUAUACAUACAUACACACACAUAUAUAUACACACAUGCAUGCAUUGAAUGU